CUCAUCAUCAACGCCUCUCAGUUUCCCCUCUAAGCUAUAAAACUUGUUCUUCUAACUUCUAGUUGGGUACUUUCCUACCUCCCGGUAUCACUGUGAUACCCUUCUAAACCUUCUAGCGUCUCUCAGUCUGACCACGUUAAGACACUCGACCAACCAACUCAGGGUCCGGUCGAGUCCUCAGAACUGCCAGCAUGGACAACAAAGGACGAACAGUCCGCUAUGGGUUGGCCGGAGAUGAACAAAGCUACCUUGUACCGGGAUCGACCGAAAAUAUUCAAAGAGCAGCAAGCACAGUAGAUUUUGACAACGUCAGCCAGGGUGUCUGUCACCAGAAUGCAAGUCCUAUUGAAGCAAACUCUAACACUCCCUCGCCGGCCAUCGAGCUCUGGAGCGGCGGCACCGAGAUGCGAGAAAGCGAUGGCCGCGUCGAUGUUGAUCUCGACUCGAAGCUAGCGCGUGCGAUGAGCCUCAUGUAUCGAUCCAGCAAAGACUACAACGAAACUCAACCGCCACCCAGAACACCAUCUCCGGGGCCGUCUUUGCCGCCCUACGAGGAGAUACAAGACAGAGAAGGCGAGAGAGAUUCCACGAGUCUCAACGUCGUUAUACAAGUCGUGGGUAGCCGAGGAGACGUUCAACCAUUCGUCGCACUGGGUUCCGAGCUCAAGCGGCGCGGCCAUCGAGUUCGAUUGGCAACGCAUGACGUCUUUGAAAAUUUCGUCAGGGGCGCAGGCCUAGAACAUUACGGUGUUGGCGGCGACCCCGCUGCCUUGAUGGCUUACAUGGUGAAGAAUCCCGGCCUCAUUCCAAGCAUGAAAAGUCUGCAGGCUGGCGAGAUUGGUAAGAAGCGCGACAUGGUUGAAGAGAUGCUGGAGGGUUUCUGGGCAGCUUGUAUCAGACCAGACGCUGUUACGGGUCAGCCGUUUGUGGCAGACGCAAUCAUCUCAAACCCUCCUAGUUUUGCCCAUGUACAUUGCGCUCAAGCCCUUGGUAUACCUGUUCACCUGAUGUUCACAAUGCCUUGGACUAGUACCGCGGCUUUCCCCCACCCCUUAGCAAACCUGAAAAAUGCUGGCGGAGACCUUUCUUUGGCAAAUUACAUCUCUUACGGUGUAGUAGAACACUUGACUUGGCAAGGUUUAGGGGACCUGAUAAAUAAGUGGCGUAGUAGACUUGACUUAGAACCAGUGGCUAUGUUUGACGGUCCAAUGCUUGCAGAAACACUGAAGAUACCCUUUACGUACUGUUGGUCACCAGCCCUUGUGCCUAAGCCUAAAGACUGGGGUUCACACAUUGACGUGUGUGGCUUCUUCUUUCGUGAUCCGCCCCAAUACUCCCCUCCGGCAGAGUUGGCUGAGUUCCUCGCGGCUGGGCCUCCCCCGGUGUACAUCGGUUUCGGCAGCAUCGUGCUGAACGACCCCCAGCGGAUGAUCGGCAUAAUACUCAACGCCGUACAAGUUGCAGGUGUUCGAGCCAUUGUUUCCAAAGGCUGGGCAGACCUGGUCGGCUCCACCAGUGAGCACGUAUACUGGAUUGGGGAUUGUCCCCAUGAAUGGCUCUUUCAACAUGUUGCAGCUGUGGUGCAUCAUGGAGGAGCGGGUACCACGGCCUGCGGGCUAAGGAAUGGAAAACCCACGACCAUUGUCCCCUUUUUUGGAGAUCAACCCUUCUGGGGUGAUAUGGUUGCAAACGCAGGCGCUGGUCCGAGACCAAUCCCUCACAAACAGCUUACUCCCGAGAACCUCACAGAGGCCAUCAGAUACUGCCUCUCGCCGCAGGCUGUCUCUGCCGCCAAGGGCAUAGCUGCUCAAAUGGAAGGCGAGCAGGGAGUACAAGCCGCUGCCGAUUCAUGGUGGAGGAAGCUGCCUCUUAAUCAUAUGCAGUGUGACCUCAUACCCAGUCGGGCUGCCGCCUGGACUUAUACCAAGCCCAAAAAGCCUAUAAAACUGUCCAAAAUUGCGGCAGAGAUGCUUAUGUCUCAAAAAGCGGUGCAGCCCAAGGAUAUCCUACUAUAUCACAGCAACCAUAUAAACAUCGACGUGACACGUUGGGAUCCAAUCUCUGGCGGGGCGUCUGCGCUUCUGGCCACGACCAUGGACGUGGCAGGGUCUAUAACGGGCAUGGUCACGAAGCCCAUUGACGAAUAUCGAGAUGAGACACGACGGCGAGCACGAGACUUGGCAAAGCAGAAAGAAAAUGAUAGUGCUGAUAUUUUGCGAAGUUCAUCACUUGAUGAUGCUUCAGCUAUAUCUAUCGGGAGUGAAGAGAGCAAACAAAAACACACCUCGAGAGCAGGCAAGGUAGCUGGUGCUUCAGCCAAAAGCAUCGGGAUGGUGGUGCCAAUAAUGACCAAAGCAACGCUGGUAGACUUUCCGCUGGCCAUCACUGAAGGAUUGAGAGCUGUUCCAAAGCACUUCGGAACAAAUGUCCGCAGCCACGGUCCAGUAACCGAUGCCAAAAGCGGCGCCGUUGUGGCUGGUAAGAAUUUUGCAUGGGGCUUCGCCGAAGGCAUUGGUGAUCUGGUGAUGGAACCUGUCAGAGGUGCUAGCAAAGGCGGUGCCCUCGGUGCUGUCAAGGGAAUGGGAAAGGGAGUCGCGAGCUUGAUGGCCAAGAGCGGUGCUGGUAUGUUUGGGUUGGUCGCGUACCCGAGCGCCGGUAUUGCUAAAAGUCUGCGAACCGCUGUUUAUAGUGGGACAAGGAAGGAGGUGGCCAAGGAGAAGCUACGCGAAGGGCAGUGGCUAGUGAAAAGUGACGCAGUAUUAGACGUUGACCGGAGCCAGAUUAUUACUUCUUUCUACCGGCUACGCGGGGGCAAGUAGUUAAUAAUAGAGUGACUCUAUAGGCCUCACCCCGGGAGGUUAGGGUUAGGACUAUAUGAGGGGCGAAGCACAGUGUAAGGCUAAAUAGCAGUAGAGAGCGGAAUAUAUAGAGGUAUAUACAGG